ACUGUUAUACACAUAUUGUGGCAAACCUCUGAGAAGUAUGAAAGUGGAACUGAUUCGAGGUGGUGCUGUGUUUCACUGGGACCUAAAUGAGCAUUACAACAGGAUGUUGGUUGGCUACAGCAGCAGCUCGGAGGAGGAAAGCGAGUCGUCGGCGGUAGCAGCGACUGAUCGAAACAAAAGUUUUUCUCGAAAGUGUCAAGAGGAAGAUGACGCUAACAAUGGUAGUCCAGCGAGAAAGAAACACAAAAUUGAGGAACAGGUUCCUAAAACGAGGCUGCCUCUUCCUGGUUGCCUGUUGGCCAUGUUUCCAGAUGAAGUGGGCUCACAGACUGAAGACAGCUCUCUUCAUGGUGGGCGUUUGCGCUCUUUUAAACAUGAGAGAGGCAACUGGGCUACCUAUGUUUAUUUGCCAUACCAUCCUGAGGAGGAGUUCAGGGAGUUGUUGGAGGAGCUGCUCUCACUAGCCGGGGACCACGGUGUGGUUUUGACCCCGCAGGAGGAGUUCCACCUCAGCUUGUCUAAGACAGUGGUGCUCAGACACCACUGGAUCCAAACUUUCACCCAGAGCCUCAAGGCAGGCCUGGUGCACUGCAAGAGGUUUGUGUGCUCAGCAGGGAGACUGAGGGUCUAUUGUAACGCUGAGAGGACGAGGACGUUUCUGGGGAUGGAAGUGUGUACUGGGCAUGCUCAGUUGUUGGACCUGAGCCAAGUACUGGACAGAACAAUGACAGAGUUUCACCUGGACACUUUCUAUAAGGAUCCGUCUUUCCACGUGAGUCUGGCCUGGUGUGUUGGAGACUUGACAGGACAGAUGAAGGAGUGCAUUCAGGAGAUGCAGAGACUGAUUGAUGACCAUGAAGAAGGACCAUUUCUGCUGAGGUUGGACUGCGUGGAGCUGCGCUGCAGGACGGGAAACAAGACCUUCCGCUUCCCUCUGGAGCCCUAAAAUUGGACAUAUGUACACCCUGACCACUCGCCCUUUACAGCUGUGAUCCUCUGAGCCACAUAAAUGAGCUGGAAACGUAACAAAUUUAGUGCUGCAAAGAUGA